UUUCAGAGUAGAAGAUUAAAGAUCACAACUAAUUUGGGGCAGGUUGAAUGCGAGCAAGUACAUGUAAGAACUGAUGCUUUAAUUUACUAGAAGUAUAGUAGGUCAGAUCUGGGAAAACUUGUCAGCAUUUGGUACAGAUGGUGUUAUGCUCCACAUAAGUCAAUAUUCUAAGCUUUUUCCUUAAGGAUGUGGUAUUCACUGGAAAAUGUCAUUGGUCAAAGAGAUAAGGAAUAAAGCAGGCUCAGAGGCAUCCAGCUUUCUACCCCAUUCCCCAAAUCUAUCAAAGCGUCCUUUCAGACAGUGGUAUCAGAAAGCAGUUGGUCAUUGUCUGUGCUGUGGAUGAAAGGAAUCAGGCUACCUGCUAGCGUGCCUUUAGCAACUUUACAGAACAUCUUUCCUAACAGCAGCUGUUGCAUAGAACAGAAAUCUCUCUGAAGAAAAUCACCGCCUGAAUAACUGUGUACUGUAUUUUUUUUUGUUUUGUUUCAGAGCUGCUAUGUAACAUGCAAAGUGAGAGUGGUUUUGCUUUGUCUCUUAGGGGAAAUCUUGGUAACUGCCUCAACCAAUUGUUAAAAGCCACAAAUCAGGAAGUCAAAAUGAUAGAACACUUCAGUGACAGUUGCACGCAGAAAGAGACAACUCAGGAAGCCGAGUACAGAAAUCUAACUAAUAUAAUUGCUGCAAAAGCAAGGCUAGACUUAAACAUGCAGGAUGCUGAGGUACCUCCUAAACACAGCAGAAGCAGUGUGGUUUCCUCCCAGCUAUAUCAGUUUCUGGAGAUGCCUACGUAUUACACAGAUAUACUGGAAAUACCCUACAGAGAAAAUGGAUAAUAUGAUCUAAGAGAGUGGGGUUUUUUGUUUCUCACAGCCUGACAACAGAGUUGAUAAUUAGAUCUCUCCCUUAAGUAACAUGCAAUCAUAGUUGUUUUGUUUAUUUUGAAGCAAUUUGUAAUUUUCUGUCUACUAAAAUAAUGUUAAGUUUGACACCUUUUCUGCCAGGCACUCAAAACAUAUGCAACAGUUAAAACCGCUGCAAAGUUAUGUCUGCCAACAUCACUUUGAAGAGAUGUCUGGACAUGUUGUGUGAGCGAACCUUAAUAAACAGAGCUGAAUGGAAAAACUCAACAUGGAAUUAUUUUAAAAGCACUAUUGAGGUUUAUUGUGAAACAGUUGCAGUGUUAAUGAGAAAUCAGCAGUAAACCGCAUACCACAAGCGUUCUGUGUGAGCUGAGGAAGAUGCAGUGUUCUAGUGCAUACCUCUGAAGGAGCUGAUCUGCAUCUUUCCUGGGCAUGGAGGUGCCAUAUGUCCUUCUCUUAACUAGACUCAUAGCAGAAGUUGCGAGCAAAUCUACUGAAAGUUCGGUUUCAGAAACAGAAUGCUGUGUAGAUAUGUUGGAUUCAAACAGUUCCUGUCCAGUAACCAACCAGUGCAGUCCAGGUUGUUACAGGCGAUGGAAUGAAGAUGGUAGUAGCAGCUGCAUUAAAUGCAAAAAUGAAACCCUUCCUGUUUCGUCUGCUUCCAAUCUAACUGAAUGCAGAAAUACUGGUAUCAGAGGAAUGAAUUUCCAAAUGAAUAUAAGCACCGUAACUCCUUUCAUACAGAACAUAGGGGGCCCAGAAGUGGCAGCCUCUCUCAUCUUAGGGACUUUUUUCAUCAGUUUAUUCCUGAUUCUGUCUGUUGCUUCUUUCUUCUACCUCAAACGUGCCAAUAAACUUCCUAAUGUUUUCUACAGAAGAAACAAAGCAUCUGUUCUCCAGCCUAGUGAAACAGCAUCCAUGAUACCUCCCCCAGCUUCUUCAGUUCGGAAGCCACGAUAUGUCAGACGAGAACGGUCACUAGUGACGUCUGCAUCUGCUGCUAUGAUCUCUUCUUCCGAAACCAGGGUCAGCAAUGUUUAGCCUUCAUUCUUGACUGAGGAAUUUAUAAGUGUACACAGUGUCGAAGAAACUUUUUCUGAAUCCACUGAAGUGCCAGGAAAACAUCGCAAGCAGCUGACCUAAAUGGAAGCCAAAUUACCGUAUCAAAGGGUUUGUGCCAAGUGUUAACAGAGAAGUGAACUAAUGCAAAGAUACUGAUGGCAGGCUACAUCCAGUUUGGUGAACUGCUUUGGUGAUCUUGAAAUGCACUGUUCCAGCUCUGUGGUUUCAUUUGUCUCCUACAGAUGCUGUGUUUUAAGUCUUUAAAGAAUCUGCCUUUCUUUGGUACACUUUUAGUUUUGGCAAGUUCUUCCUGUGUUGUGAUGUGUUCUGUGUCCCCAGAGCUGAAUGUCUCAGUGCUGCAGGCCAACACAAAAUACUGCGAUUACUCAAGGAUGUGGACUUGUUUGAAGGACCCACUUGUAAAUGCUAACACUAAGUGCCACUGCUUUAAUGUUGUAGGACAGUAUAACGAUACUUAACACGCAGUAUCCUUUUGAAGCAAAAAACGAUGCCUCCUGAAGCAUCCUCUUCAGCCUAUGACAUAGCUGACCCUGGGUUUUAACUGUGAAUGUAGACCCACUAUCCAGAUACUGUUGUUCUUGGUGCUUUUGAAGGCCAUGGUCGGUAUGGGUCCAAUCCCGAGGGUGGGAAUUUGUUGGGAAGCUUUUCCAAUUGGCUUCAACUCUGUCCUUGGAUAAAGAGCCAUUUGCUAUGGCUUUGUAACUGAUAGGCUGCUAUGUCUGUCCUGCAAAGGCUGUCUCUGAUAGCUUCCUUCCUUUAACACAGUAGUUGAAGGGAAACCAAAAUUCCUGCAGGGUAGCUGUGCAUCCAUUAAACAUCUUGGUGAGUACUGAGACAAACUGGAGAGGUCAAGUGAAUUUCUGCCAAUGCAAUAAGGGGUUUCUUUGGUCAAGCCCUUUGUUAACGUGCCUGACAUCUGCAGGCCAGCACCUUAUGACAGAGCUCAACAAGUAUUUCCUUGUUGAAAGUGCCAGCCUAAAUACCCCUGCUCUCAGAUGCUUGUUCUGGCCCAUCUUAUGCCAGCUGUGUGGCUGAGUAGUCACUUGAUCAGGAAAUUAAAGUAGCUGUAAAAUAACUUCUUGGCUAGGUUAUCCUUCCCUAAUUUAUUUCCUGGUAUGGUUGACUCUGUUGCCAUGUGAACACAUAUAUUGGCAUCAUGGACACAGUGGUAUGGGCAUAAGAGUGGGUGACUGGGAAAUAAGUGAAAAACCUGAGGUUGCUAAAUUGGUUGAAGUGUCACUGUCACCGUAUGUGAAAUUAUAACUAUGCAGCUUGUGCAUUCCCACCUACCUGUGUUGCUGUUGCCUGUUUUGGUUUAGCUGGCACUCCAUUAUGGGUCUGUGCUCCUAAAAUAAAUUACUUGGAAGCUCUUCAUCAGCAUCCAUUGGCAUGAACAUAAACUGGAACAGUCAGUUCUCUUUUUCAGGAAAAUGUGAACAUAACUGUCUUGAGUUGACAUGACAUCCAUAUGGAGAGUCCAAACCUUGUGACCCAGAUUCCCUUUCUCUGUGGUUAAAAGCUUAUUCAAAGCAAAAAGAUGAGAUCUGGAAUGGGAGGAGAUAUAUUUAUCUGUUGAAUAGACCUGUUUCUAUGUAAGUUUCAGUGCAGUUGUAUUUUAUAGCUCCCCUUGACAAGGUAAUGCGAUCUCUUGUAGCAUCCAAACAAGUUAGGGCAAAGAUUGGGGGUAAAGAACAAACCAUGGAGAGACUCCUGUGCCAAAAAAAAAAAAGGCAAGCUUGAAUUGCAGUAUGGAGAAAUUUAAGAUUGUCUAUCACAAUGAUAAAUUAGUUUUUGUCCAAUAGAAGAGAAGGUUAAGACAGCAGACAAAGCCAUUUUGAGACCCUUCAGCUUUCAACAUAAAAUGUGCUUUAUAAUUCAGAUGUUCCAAGUUCAGUAGGUGGCAGUUUUGUUUCUGUCAUUUUUGAUGUCUUGUUAUCUUUGUGCUGCUGCGAUUUUCCACAGGUAGAAAUUAUGUCUGGAGAUCAUAGGUUUUUCCUGAACUUAGUUGCUGAAUAUUUUCCUAACUGCGAAGGAAAAGGAGUAACUAUGCAAAUAAUGCCAAGAAACUGCAACUUUGAAAGCAGGGAGUUUCUGCUUGCAAACCUGUUGAUGAUAGUGCAUUCUUGUAUAUUGCUUAGUUGCUAAUAUAUUCUUUCUAUACAUAAAUUAUUGAAGGAUCAUUCACGUCAUUGUACUGUCUGAACCCUAUCUCAUCCUGUCUUGUAACUUAGCUUAAUGUCAAGCAUCUAAUGCUUUAACUUCUCUGCAGUCAAGUUUUUCUCGAUGAUAACAUCUCUUCCCUUUCCCAUACUCUUUCCCCCAGCACAGCAAACUCUUUUAAAUGCAGCAGAUAUUUUUACUUUUUGUGUGUGUGUUUCAGGAACUGUUCAGCUUUUGUUGCUGUCUGACACAGUGGACUCCUGGUCUAAACAGUUUCUCAUUUGUUUGCACUGUCAAAUUAAAUAUAUAAUGUGGUGUUUUGGUUUCCAUCCCCCUUUAAAAUAAUAAUACAUACCUAUAUAUAUUUUAAAAAAUGUGCUUUAAUGAACCCUGAUAUUUAAUGUAUUUGUAUAUUUUUAAAUUGUGCCAAAAUAAACAUUUGAGC